CAUCAGAUCUUCCUCCAGAACCCCAGCAAUAACCAACCAACCGAGUUACUGGCUGUAUUGUCAUUUUCUGGGCAUGCAAGGGUCCCGGGUCUUAACCUCCUCAUAUUUCAAGUGCAGACAAAUAUCAAAGUCCAGCUUCGUUUGGAGAAGGAUAUAAAUGGCCGAUACCUACUUGCCUGUGGGAAUUGCAUGCUCAGCCCUGAGAGUGUAAGGAUCCAACCUGGAAGUUUAACAAGCCGGAUACAAACUUUUCUUCUAGGAAAUAUAGAGAGAACCUUGAAAGACCUGAUAAUCGGUCAUUUGGGAGAAAAAGUAACGACAUUAUCUCCAGAUUCCAGAUUCAAGAAAAAGUCCCAGAGAAGAAUGACUUACCCAAGUCACAUAGUUGCCAAAUGGCUCAGCUGACAUAUGAUCCCAGGGCAGUCUGUUCCCCAAACCCCCUUACCUGGUUGUCCCCUAGGAUGGGUUGGCUUAGAAGAAGAACUUGCCUUGAUUACUCCCAUUCAGGCUCCAGUUGGUAGAAUCCUCCUCCUGACUCUUGCGUAUUUCCUCGUCUUUCAGGUUUGCUGCUGCAGUGGGGUGGGUACCAAACUGCCGUCUAAAUAUCCCCAAAGUGAAGAAGUCACAUUUGCAACUAAUCAGGUCCCAGAACCCAAGAUGCAUUCACUCUGGAGGCUCCUGGUCCUCCUCAGCUUGCUGGCCUUGCCCUCGGCACUGCACAAGCAGCACUGGCUUGGCCCGGCCAAGGCCUACACAGACGGCAAGUCGGCUCUGGCGAGACUUAUUGCCCAGGGCCUCAUGAAGCAUAACACAGAGGGCCGAAUCCAGAACAUCCGCCUUCUGGACAGUCUGAAUGCCUCCAGCCAGAUGGCCCCGGGGAUGGUGGGCUGGCUAAUCAGCAGCAUGAGCCUUCAGCAGCAUCAAGCAGGCAGCGCCAACAUCACCAACAUUCAGCUGGACUGUGGUGGGAUCCGGAUGUCUUUCCACAAGGAGUGGUUCUUGGCGAACAUCUCACUCGAAUUUGACGUUGACUUGAGACUACCCUUCAAUAAGCAGAUCGUAAAGACCCACGUGCGCAUGAACCUCGCCGUGGAGUUCUGGCUGGAGAAAGACCAGUUUGGCCGGAGGGAUCUGGCGAUGGGCAACUGCCAUGUGGAGCCCAGCAGCGUCCGCACGACAGUCCUCACUGAAGAUAUCUCACCAAAGAUGAAACAUUUUCUCCGCAACCUCAGAGAGAAGCUGGCAAAAGUUAUCCCACAUCUGAUAGAAAGUCAGGUAUGUCCUCUGAUGGAUGAAAUCCUCAGGCAGCUGGAUGUGAAACUGUUGAAAAGCCUCAUGGAACAGGCUACUGCUCACAAACUCAACUACCUCUGAGUCCAACCAACAUUUCUCAAGCCAGACUUGAAUGUCUUCAGCUGCCCACCAGUGAUCAGAAGGAGAUUCCACAUUUUGGGGCCUUAAGUCUCCCUCAGAGUGGGGCUUCCAAUGCCCUGAAGACUUUUACCACAGGCCCUGUGGGCAUUCUCUCCUCUUCCAUAAUAAAUUCUGGCUCUGAAG